GAUUACACGCUGGAUCUUUACUUGAGACAAAUCUGGAAAGAUCCACGGUUGGCGUGGGAGAGCGAUGUGCAAUCAUCACUAACAAUAGGCAUUGACAUGGUGAAAACGAUCUGGACGCCCGACACGUUCUUCCCAAACGAGAAAAAAUCAUUUUUCCACGAGGCCACAUCACACAAUUCGUUUCUUCGGAUCGAUAACCAUGGGAACGUAUUGCGGAGUAUUCGAUUGACCGUAACCGCUAAUUGUCCAAUGAAUUUGCAUACGUUCCCAUUGGACAUUCAGGAAUGCGCUCUGGAAAUUGAGAGUUACGGCUACUCGACUAGGGAUAUCAUUUACCACUGGCACGAUGCCAACGCGGUCACUAUCGACGAGAAUGUCCAUUUAGCUCAUUUCUCUAUUGGCAAUUAUUCACGUCUUUCGGCCUAUUUCACGUUCAAACGGAACCUCGGCUUCUAUCUGAUUCAGAUCUAUUUUCCAUCGUCACUAAUCGUCGUCAUCUCAUGGGUGUCGUUUUGGCUGAACAGAGAAGCAGUUCAAGCUCGAGUUGCCAUUGGUACGAUUUAUUUGUAUGCACUGGAGUAA